UGCUGCCGCUGCUUCAAUUGCUGCCUUCGGCGCGAGCUGUGUUGUAGCGGCGCCAUGCACACGGCGCGAGGAGCGUCCGGUGGAACCGGUGGGGCAGAAGAGUGAGCGCGAGCGGCUUCGACCUACCAUCACCAUCAUCAUCAUCAGCAUCAUCAUCCUCAUCAUCCUCAUCCGGGAAACUGAGUGAGAAUCACACGGAGCGCGCCGAGCCCGUAUAGAUGCGCGUGCGGACAUUGUAGCUGCUGCUUUUCGGGGGGCGAUUCUGUGAGCUCACGAUGGCGAGCGACUCUCCGGCCAGGAGUCUGGACGAAAUCGACCUGUCCGCGCUGCGGGACCCUGCAGGCAUAUUCGAGCUGGUGGAGCUUGUGGGAAAUGGCACAUAUGGACAAGUGUACAAGGGCCGCCAUGUCAAGACGGGGCAGCUUGCCGCGAUCAAGGUCAUGGAUGUCACGGGGGAUGAGGAGGAGGAAAUCAAAGCAGAGAUCAACAUGCUGAAAAAGUACUCCCACCACCGCAACAUCGCCACCUACUACGGGGCUUUCGUCAAGAAGAAUCCACCAGGCAUAGACGACCAGCUAUGGUUGGUGAUGGAGUUCUGUGGUGCGGGCUCAGUCACAGACCUGAUAAAGAACACUAAAGGGAACUCCCUGAAGGAGGAGUGGACGGCCUACAUCUGCAGAGAGAUCCUCAGGGGUCUGACCCACCUGCAUCAGCAUAAGGUCAUCCACCGUGACAUCAAAGGUCAGAACGUCCUGCUCACGGAGAACGCAGAGGUCAAACUGGUGGACUUUGGGGUGAGUGCGCAGUUGGAUCGCACUGUUGGUAGGAGGAACACGUUUAUUGGGACGCCAUAUUGGAUGGCUCCAGAGGUCAUAGCCUGCGAUGAGAAUCCAGACGCCACAUAUGACUUCAAGAGUGAUCUGUGGUCUCUGGGGAUCACAGCUAUUGAGAUGGCUGAAGGGGCUCCUCCUCUGUGUGAUAUGCACCCGAUGCGAGCUCUGUUCCUCAUUCCCAGAAACCCCGCUCCUCGACUCAAGUCAAAGAAGUGGUCGAAGAAGUUCCAGUCAUUCAUCGACAGCUGCCUGGUGAAGAACCACACUCAGAGGCCCAGCACGGAGCAGCUGCUCAAACACCCCUUCAUCCGGGACCUGACCAAUGAGCGGCAGGUCCGCAUCCAGCUCAAAGACCACAUUGACCGCACCAAGAAGAAAAGAGGAGAGAGAGAUGAGACUGAAUAUGAGUACAGCGGUAGUGAGGAAGAGGAGGAGGAACGGGACAUUGGGGAGCCCAGCUCCAUCAUCAACAUCCCCGGUGAGUCCACUCUGAGACGGGACUUCCUGCGGCUGCAGCUGGCCAACAAAGAGCGUUCGGAGGCGCUGCGGCGACAGCAACUGGAGCAGCAGCAGAACGAGGAGCACAAGCGCCAACUGCUGGCUGAGAGACAGAAGCGCAUUGAGGAGCAGAAGGAGCAGAGGAGGAGGCUGGAGGAGCAACAGCGUCGGGAGAGAGAGCUGCGGAAGCAGCAGGAGAGAGAGCAGAGGAGGCGCUACGAGGAGAUGGAGCAGCUGCGGAGAGAGGAGGAGAGGAGACACGCCGAGAGGGAGCAGGAGUAUAUCCGUCGUCAGCUGGAGGAGGAGCAGAGGCAGUUGGAGAUAUUGCAGCAGCAGCUUCUGCAGGAGCAGGCUCUCCUCUUGGAGUAUAAGCGGAAGCAGCUGGAGGAGCAGAGGCAGGCAGAGAGGCUGCAGAGGCAGCUCCAGCAGGAGAGGGCGUACCUGGUGUCCCUCCAGCAGCAGCAGCAGCAAGAGCCUCGACCUGCAGACAAGAAACAGCUUUACCACUACAAAGACUCCGUCAACCCCAGCGACAAACCUGCCUGGGCUAAAGAGGUGAUGAAGCGAGCUCAAAGUAACUCGCCUCGGCUCCCUCCAAAGAACCAGCACUCCUCUGGACUCCCCGAGGAGACACAAGUUUCACACCUUCUCCUCCUUGACCACACCCCCAGCCACAUCCCUGCCCGCCCCCCCUCCUACCCAGCAGCCGCCCCCUCCUAUGCCCAGCGGGAACGGGCUGAGGUCCAGCUUAGGCAGACGGGCGCGAACGCCAAUGUCCCCAGGAUCCGGGUGUCCUGCGAGCCGGAUCUGGCCCUGUAUGCCCACCCGUAUCCAGGCCAGGAGGGCCGCGGCCGCAGCCCAGGCCGUGCUUUGGCACGAGACAGUGAGGUGGAGGAGCGCUCCAAGCUGAACCGACAGAGUUCCCCAGCCCUGCAGCACAAAGUGGCCAAUCGAAUCUCUGACCCUUCGCUGCCCCCUCGCUCCGAGUCCUUCAGCAGCGGCGGCAUCCAGCAGGCCCGGACCCCACCCAUGCACCGCUCUGUCGAGCCCCAGAUGGCCCACCUAGUCUCGGUGAAGUCUCAUGGUUCUUCUAUGACGGGCUCUCAGUCGCUGCAUGACCAGUCUUCCCAGGGCGUCUCAGCUUUCCAGGAGAGCCUGUCGCCCCACCGGCCCCCUAUGCCCCGCCAGAAUUCUGACCCCACCUCAGAGACACCGAUGCCACCGCCCCGCGUCACCAGCCGGGACGACAAGUUUGACCGAAGCUCCUGGUUAAGGCAGGAGGAGGAACUUCCACCCAAGGUUCCUCAGAGGACCACCUCAAUAUCUCCUGCUCUAGUAAGGAAGAACUCUCCUGGGAAUGGACCGGGAGGUCUUGGGCCAAGGCCUGGUUCUCAUCUCAUCCGAGCCAGUAACCCAGACCUGCGAGUUUCCCAGGAGACGGGUCUCCCGAGGACGAGCAGCGGGAGCUCCUCCAGCUCCAGCACGCCCAGCUCCCAGGGUGGCUCCAGCGAGAGGAACCGGGUGGGAGGUUCCGGUAAGCCUGAGGGUUCCCCAGCCAUUUCCCAAGAGGCCAAGCCCAAAACCCAAGAGGAGAGCAGGGAGGUGACCAGACCCAGCAGACCAGCGGACCUCACUGCUCUGGCCAAAGAACUCCGGGAACUGCGCUCCAAUGAAGAGACCAACCGGCCGCCUGUCAAAGUGACCGACUACUCGUCGUCCAGUGAGGAGUCAGAAAGCAGUGAGGAGGAGGAGGGAGAAGGUGGAGCUCAUGAUGGAACGGUGCCAGUCAGCGAUAUCCCUCGCAUCAUGCCAUCAGCUGGCCAAGGCGGCAGUGAGCCGUUCGGUGGAAUGGGAGGCCAGGAGGAUGCCCAUGAAGAGUCCUACGGAAACAACUCCCAAGACAGCACCCUGAUGAUGAGAGAGAUGUUUGGGGAAAGAAAGCGCUCGGGUCACGCCGAGAGCAACGGUUUCCCUGGUAACGCCAAUCUUCCCGAUCUAGUGCAGCAAAGCCACUCCCCCUUGGCCACGCCCAGCGAAGGCCCGGGGCGCCACUCCAGUCUGCAUGCGCAGGACCUGGACGCUGUGGCUGAAUACGGCAGCGGGUCCAAAGCCUCCUUCACUCCGUUCGUGGACCCCCGGGUGUAUCAGACCUCGCCGACUGAAGACGAUAAUGAGAACUCUGCCUCAGCUCUGUUUGCGGAUGAGCUGUUGAGGCAGGAGCAGGAGCAGGAGCAAGCUCGGCUCAACGAGGCACGCAAAAUCUCUGUGGUCAAUGUGAACCCCACUAACAUCCGGCCGCACAGCGACACGCCGGAGAUUCGCAAAUACAAAAAGCGCUUUAACUCGGAGAUCCUGUGCGCCGCUCUGUGGGGGGUGAACUUGCUGGUUGGAACUGAAAAUGGCCUGAUGCUGCUGGACCGCAGUGGUCAGGGCAAGGUGUAUAACCUCAUCAGCCGCCGCCGCUUUCAGCAGAUGGACGUUCUGGAGGGCCUCAAUGUGCUGGUCACCAUCUCUGGCAAAAAGAACAAACUGAGAGUGUACUACCUGUCCUGGCUGAGGAACAGGAUACUCCACAAUGAUCCUGAGGUGGAGAAGAAGCAAGGCUGGACUACUGUGGGCGACCUGGAGGGCUGUGUUCAUUACAAAGUCGUGAAAUACGAGCGGAUCAAGUUCUUGGUGAUUGCCUUGAAGAAUUCAGUGGAGAUUUACGCCUGGGCUCCGAAACCAUACCACAAAUUUAUGGCUUUCAAGUCUUUCACAGAUCUGCAGCAUAAGCCUCAGCUGGUUGACCUGACAGUGGAGGAAGGCCAGAGGUUAAAGGUUAUCUAUGGCUCCAGCGUUGGCUUUCAUGUGAUAGAUGUUGACUCCGGGAACCCGUACGAUAUCUACAUCCCAUCCCACAUUCAGGGCAGUGUCACCCCCCACGCCAUUGUGGUGCUCCCCAAGACCGACGGGAUGGAGAUGCUUCUGUGUUAUGAAGAUGAGGGGGUCUAUGUGAACACUUACGGCAGAAUCACUAAAGACGUGGUGCUACAAUGGGGAGAGAUGCCCACCUCUGUUGCCUACAUCCACUCCAACCAGAUCAUGGGCUGGGGAGAGAAAGCCAUUGAGAUCCGUUCAGUGGAAACGGGACACCUCGACGGAGUUUUCAUGCACAAGCGAGCUCAGCGACUGAAGUUUCUCUCUGAGCGAAACGACAAGGUCUUCUUUGCCUCAGUCAGAUCAGGAGGCAGUAGCCAAGUUUUCUUCAUGACCUUGAACAGAAACUCCAUGAUGAACUGGUAACCCAUCCACAUCCUCCCCCCGCGUUGUGUCUGUGGACAUGUUCUGUUUUGAAAAAUGAGGGAAAACCACAGUGUGUGGAAUACAGCAUGGCGGUUAGGAUAAAGAUAAAGACUUCCCGGAAGCUGCUCCAGAAAGCCGGAGACAUCUGAACGGUCACAGUCAGUUAGUGACCGAUUUCCCCAGACCACCAGGGGCCGCCAGAGAAGAACAACCUCUAUCCAGAAUCUCCUGUGGCCGCGGGGUUCUUAACUUUUUUUUUCAUGGCAAAUAUGUUCCCAGAUUCCUUUGGAGAAGGUUAUUAUUAGUAGAAUGGAACUGAACUGGGAUAGACUCUCCUGUGUAGAGUGACUAUUGACUAUUGAACAAAACAUUGUAACUGUUUAGACACUUUCAACACAAUAAUUUAUUGCUGUUGGGCUAUACAUGGAAAACCCUCUCAGACAAAACAGUUCGCUGAAGAGGUUGAUGUGUGUGUGUGUGUGUGUGUGUGUGUGUGUGUGUGUGUGUGUGUGUGUGUGUGUGUGUGCUCAGCCUUGUAUGUUUUACACUCCAAACUCUCGUGGAACACAUUUCAUCACCACUUUGUUUUUUACAGCUGCAUUAUGUCACACUGUAGCCGUGAGUACUGUACGUAUGUCCUAUAUGUAUGUGUGUAUGGGUGAAUGUUGGAAAAAAGGUUUAGCAUCCAUACGUACAAAAAAACAACAGUAGUUAAGACAAAUCUGGAAAGGGAUGCCUGGAUGUUUUUGUACCACACAUCAGAAUUACGAGCCGUUCCAGUCCAUUUCUUCUGAUUCUGGGAAAAUAAAGGUCCGUUUCACAUGGU